AUGGAUCACGAUCGAAUCGCGGAUUAUUACCCGAUUCGCGACAUAAUUCGUGAAAACGGGUGGGAUAAAAGCCACGUUGAUGCUUUGUUAUGCCGCUUAGAUGCCGAGGACGCGGAGCUCAGUAAAAAGGAUCGUUCUGCUAUUAAUAUUGCAGUCGGUAAAUGGCUCUACAAACAUAAGGGAAUGAAUGGCAUGCCAAAGCCAGCAGAAUUUGACAUGGCUGCCAAGUCGAUUGUAGCGCAUUUUCCGAUAGCAAAGGAUGCAUCAAGCACUGCCGAUAACAUCAUUCACUCUUCGUGGUAUGAUGUAAAUACAAACGUUGGACGUUUAUCAAAUUACGUCAGGGAUCGCAGAUCCAAUAAUAAGAAUAAAGGGGCCAUUGUAAGGAGCUACAAUAAAAGACAAACUGAAAAUUUUGAAGAUGAAUUCGACAUUACUUUACAAGACCAAGAAAGAUUUAUGCGCGAGAACCAAGUAACCACCGAAAAUAAAGAAAAAAUGAUGCAGUGUCAUUUUGGCACGCUCGAAUCCCGUAGAAAAUGGAUCCUCGAGAAAAAACCUACCGUGACAGACAUUCUGACAAGGUUUCCCAGAUUCACAUCACUAAAGGGAGCGGUUGAUUGUGACCUGAAAUUUGUGGAAGGGUGGCGAACAGAGGAAUUUACCGAAAGGUGGAAAAAAAUUGAAAAAUCUUUGGCAGUGGAGCUAUUGAAAAAACACGGAGAAUCUUUGGAGCCGUUUGCAGAGCUCACCAUGGAUCUAGUAGAUUCUUAUGAAAAUUCACUGCUCGGACUUGAUACGGCCAACGACAGGACACUUAUAAUAUUUUCAUCUCUUCAAAUUCUUUUUCCACCUCGCCCGUCUAGGGCCUCGAAAGGGUUUACGGUGUGAGACCGAUGGAAUGAUCCAACCCGGAUUAAUUGUUAUUGGAAAUCGCCGUUACAUAAAAGCGGAUCUCAUCCCAAUCAAAAUUAAUACUCCAUCGGCUGCUGAAUCUAUUGCAAUUUUGUUUGCUGUAUAUCAUAUAUUCAAUUUAAUUUUUCCCGACAACCUCAACCUGGUGUAUAUUUUUUUGCAAAAUAUGAUGGAGUAUGGGAGGGAAAAAGAGGCUUUACCCAACAACAAAAAAAAGAAAACAUGUAAAUCUUUGGUUGUCAACGAUUUUUCAUUGAAAAUUCUACAACUUUUGAAGCCGGAAUAAAACUCGGAAAAAAAAAAAUACAACUACUUUUUCUCCUA